AUGUCGAACCUCGAAUCUCCUCCGCCCAAGAAGAGCGGCCUCCGCAAACUUCAGACGCGACACACAAACCUUCAUCGCCUCCCUUCAUCACACAUCCCGUCUCGCCUGCGCCUGGGAGACGAUGCCCAAGAAGACGUGACGGCCCCCAAUCGAGGCUCAAAUAUGCCUGCCCAAUACAUGAAUCAAUCCAUCUUUUCCAUGAUCGCGGCCGCCGGGUCGCGAACCGACUUCAACACGAGAUUUGACGAGUCUAGCGAUAGUGAAGAUGAGAUCCCGGAGGAACAAGCACAGACAGCCACCGAUGAUGCAUCCCUCCCGGUUACUUCAGAGACAGGGUCAAAAGAGACACAAUCUGUGGCAACAAAGGACGAUAAAAGUAGCAGUGACAAGAAGAGCAAGCGUCUUUCAAGUCAGCGAUUAGUCCAGUCGUUGCCACGUCUCACAGGACGAUCGAUCCGGAGGAAAGAGGGCACGCCCCAACAAGAUCCAAGUCCUGGAAGCGAUGUGACCUCCGAGUCUUCGAGGAGCAAUCCGCGAGAUGCACCUGUUCUCAGUCGCUUGAUAACUGCAGAGGCCCAGUUCCAAGAGAGUGCGGAAGGUCAAGAUCCUAUGCAACCAUCUCCUACAGCCCUGAGGUCUAGAAGCAGAGGCGUAUCGACGCCGCAGACUCUUCUUGCGACACGGCUGAUGGAAAUCUUCGGGUUUGAAGAGCCCGAGCCCGUGGUGGCAGAAUAUCCGUGUUGGCUAUUGCAGAGCGUGCUCCUACAGGGCUAUCUUUACAUCACAAAGCAACACAUUUGUUUCUAUGCCUAUCUGCCCAAGAAGUCGCACACCGUUGUCAAAACCGGAUAUCUCUCAAAGAAGGGCAGGACGACUUCCAAAUACAAAAGAUACUGGUUUUCCCUCAAAGGGGAUGUACUGUCCUACCACUCCGAUGCCUCAAACCUCUAUUUCCCUUCCGGAAAUAUCGACCUCAGAUAUGGCAUAUCUGCUAAUCUCUCCACCGAGAAGGACAAAGGCAAGUCCAAGGACUGCAAAGAUUUCUCUGUCACGACAGACCAUCGCACAUAUCACUUUCGAGCAGAUACCACUUCGAGCGCUAAGGAAUGGGUGCAGACUCUUCAGAAGACAAUCUUCCGCUCUCACAAUGAUGGUGACAGCGUCAAGAUUUCCUUACCAGUGGAGAACAUCAUUGAUUUCGAGGAGAGCCCGGUGGUCGAAUUCGCAGAGACGGUCAAGAUCAGAGUGAUUGAAAGCGAGGAUUCCUACGCUAUCGAUGAAUAUUUCUUCUCCUUCUUCAGCUUUGGCCAAGAUGCACUCCACGUUCUCGGAAGCCUGAUCACCGAGGCUCCAGCUAGGAGGACGUCGGAAGAUGUACUUUCGCCGACAAGAAAGGUCGAGCCUUGGUCCAGCCCCCGACCUAGACCAAUCCCACAUCGGACUUCUUCCGAUGUUGUCGCCGGGAGUCCAAGGGCUCAAUCGAGUCCUCCUCUCAAAGACAGUGUCAGAGCUACUCUGAUCCCAUUCUCUGUCGGAAAUGAUGGUAGACUAUCUCCGAGAAUAAGCGGAGAGUUUCCUCGCGGCAAUAGUCCUUCACGUUCUAGCAACGAGUUUACGGGGGAAUACGGUCGUGCCAGUUUCGAAAGAGGCCGCAGAAGUGGAAGUACGAGUCGUCUCGAGGCGAGCAACUCCAAGCGAACGACCCAAUCACCGUUAGCGAGACAUCACGACUCUGAAGAUUCAUAUGUCCAAUCUAUCGACAAGGAAACAGACUCGUCUACCGCGCCCUUAUCGCCGCGCGCAGAAGCACAAAUGUCCGCUAGCCAAAUCUUGACAAGGAGCGAUGUUUUUCACCAGCCGGCCGUUCACCGAAUGGAAACUUUGGCAUCUAUAUCUACUGAACCUACGAGAAAAUCAUCAGAAGGGGGGACAAUCCUGUCAAGCUCUCCACAGCGAGGAGAUACGUUUCCCGUCCCGAUCCGAGGCACUCAUCAGCCACACACAGACCGCCGGGGGAAUGUUCAACAUGAAUACCUCUCGUCAGAACUAGAACCCGGCAAAAAUUAUGUUAGGGACAGUUCCUCACCCACUCUUCAGGAUCUUGUGAAAGCCGGAUCUUACCCUCUGCAACGAGCUGGAGCUUUCGCCGACUACCUCAAAAGCCGGUCCAGUUCAAUGAGAAAACUUCUCGCCACCGAGUCUAUGUCAUAUCUGGAGAAAGUAUCGGGUAUGUGGGCGGGGAGUAGGAAGCACUAUGGAGAAAACGAGGGUGUCGUCCCUGAUGACAGAGGCGUCGAUCCCGAAGAUGAAGAAGCCAACGUCGGCCAUGGCGAUCGCUUUCGCGCACAUUUCGCAUUGCCUGUCACUGAAAAACUACAAGCAACUUACUUCGGGUUCCUGCACCGCGUGCUCCCCCUGUACGGCAAGAUAUACAUCAGCAAUCGGAAAUUCUGCUUUCGAAGUCUCCUACCUGGGACGCGGACAAAGCUGGUUCUCCCAUUGAAAGACAUUGAGAACGUCGAUAAGGAGAAAGGCUUCCGGUUCGGCUAUCACGGUCUAGUCUUGGUGAUUCGCGGUCACGAGGAAUUAUUCUUCGAAUUCAGCUCGGCCGAACAUCGAGAUGACUGCACAGUGACGCUACUGCACAGUCUGGAAACAGCUCGAUAUAUGGCAGAAUCGGGCGUCCUUGCAAAGGCAGAUGAAGAUGACGCAGAAAUCGCCAAAGAAGAGCACCGCAAGCUUCAAGAAGCCCGUCGUUCCUCCACAACUGGUGAUCAUGCUCUGGUCUUGCCCGAUACAGCUGAAGCUAUCUACAGCCACAAGGAUGAGGAGCCUUCGGGCCCAGUGCUGUUCGACGACCCUCGCUCCUCUAUCAUCAACUUGUCCAAACCUAGUGAUUCACUUCGCAUUACGUGUCUCACAAUUGGCUCAAGAGGCGACGUGCAGCCUUAUAUUGCCUUGUGCAAGGGCCUCCUAGCAGAAGGCCACCGGCCGCGUAUCGCCACGCAUGCUGAGUUUGGCCCCUGGAUCCAGAAGCAUGGGAUUGAUUUCAGACCUGUGGAUGGUGACCCGGCCGAGCUGAUGCGCAUCUGUGUUGAGAAUGGCAUGUUUACAUACUCGUUUCUACGAGAAGCCUCGGCCAAGUUCCGCACAUGGAUCGACGAACUUCUGACUUCAGCCUGGGCUGCAUGUCAAGAGUCGGAUCUAUUGAUCGAAUCACCUUCAGCCAUGGCGGGCAUCCAUAUCGCCGAAGCCCUGGGCAUCCCUUACUUUCGCGCAUUCACUAUGCCGUGGACGCGCACGCGUGCAUAUCCGCACGCCUUUGCCGUUCCGGAACACAAAAUAGGGGGAGCGUACAACUACUAUUCAUACGUCAUGUUCGAUAAUGUGUUCUGGAAGGCUAUUGCGGGACAAGUCAAUCGCUGGCGCAAGAAGGAAUUAGGCUUGAGGAGCACCAAUCUCGACAAGAUGCAGCCCAACAAAGUGCCCUUCUUGUACAAUUUCAGCCCGCAUGUGGUGGCACCGCCUCUGGAUUAUAGUGACUGGGUCAGAGUGACGGGCUACUGGUUUCUUGACGAAGCCUCGGACUGGACGCCACCUAGCGAACUGACCGAUUUCAUCAAAAAGGCUCGAGACGACAAGAAAAAGCUGGUGUAUAUUGGGUUCGGAAGCAUCGUCGUCUCUGAUCCCGCCGCACUCACCAAGACAGUCGUGGACUCGGUCCUCAAGGCCGACGUGCGUUGCAUCCUCUCCAAGGGCUGGUCCGAUCGCCUCGGCGAUCCGCAAGCUCUCAAGACUGAGGUUCCGCUGCCCCCGGACAUUUUCCAGAUCAAGUCCGCGCCGCACGACUGGUUGUUCCGCCAGAUUGAUGCGGCGUGCCAUCACGGCGGCGCGGGGACCACCGGCGCCAGUCUCCGAGCGGGACUUCCGACGGUGGUGAAACCGUUUUUCGGGGACCAGUUCUUUUUUGGAUCGAGAGUGGAGGAUCUCGGCGUGGGUAUCUGCUUGAAGAAGGUCAACGUAAGCGUGUUCUCAAGGGCGCUUUGGGAGGCGACGCACAGCGAGCGGAUGAUUGUGAAGGCGAGGUUGUUGGGAGAGCAGAUUCGCAAGGAGAACGGCGUGCAAACCGCCAUUCAAGCAAUCUACCGCGACCUCGAAUACGCACGAUCGCUAGUCAGGGCCCGCGCCGCGAUCCAACAACGGGGCGCCGCCGCAGCAGCUGGAGGAGCAGCUGGGCUUACCGCUAUUGACCUCGAUGAAGGCGGCAACAUUGAGGAGUCCUGGACAUUCAUCGGAGACGAAAGCGAUCCGGACAUACAGCGCCGGAUCCAGGAGUGGGACACUACGGGGACAGGUCCUACCCCGGCGCGCGGGAGGGCGCCUCGAGUAAGCCUGGAUCGAGUGAAGCUGGGUGCUAUGCAGGGUGUCGAACCGGUCAGAAAGGCGAGUGUCAAGCGGUAA